AUGCUUGGCGAAGAAGAUAUCGCCAUCAACUAUCCCGUAUACUUUAUAGCAGGCGCAGAAAGCAUGACGCUGGAUGAAAUUGAGAACUCCAUCACACAAAUGGAAACCAUUGACAUAGAAGCUGGGAGUUCUGAUGAAGAAAUUUCACUGUCCGACUUCGAUGUGGUACUAGAAAGUGAAACACCACUGGAUGCGAUUGAGCCAGAGCUCGAAACAACAAUUUCAAUAGCAACGGACGACACCGGUGACCAUGCCUCAAUUAAUGGCCAGCUUAACUUGAGGAAAAGGGGAAGAGGUUACUACACCUCAUCCGAGGGUAUACGCUAUACAGAACGCGAAAUGGAUGAAACGAUAUCUCAGUGGAUGCCUCUGCUAAAGUGUGAUAUAUGCAAAUUAUUGGUGAGCAACUACACUCGUUUAGAGGAGCAUUUUCUUUAUGGACACCAAAUGGAGAAAUGUUACAUUAUAUGUUGCAAUCGCAAGCUUACACAACGUGUCAUGAUCGAAGAGCACAUUCGUCGAAUCCAUUGCGAUGGGCUUCCCAAGGAUAUAUCUCUUAGGGGUACGCCUGUGAAUGUGAACACACAAGAAAUGCUGGAAUUUGUACAUCAUUAUAUGCCCUGGAUAAAAUGUGAUCUAUGUGGGUGUGCGGUCACUCAAUAUGAAAAACUGAAAAAACACUUUCGUCUGCAUCAUCCUUAUGAGAAUUUCCACAUAUUAUGCUGUCAACGUAAGUUUUCCCGGCUCUACAGUAUUGCCGAGCACAUACGCGUCCAUAUAUCUUUGGGCUCCUAUCAGUGUCACAUUUGCAAUAAACUGCAUUUGUCCCGCAGUUAUCUGCACUAUCAUUUAAUGGAAACACAUAGCAUAAAUUUGUAUCCCACCACAAAGCACUUCAAUUUGGCUAUAACCGCCAAGGCAAAUUCAGCCAUAGCGCGAACGUCAUUUGCCGAUCUGGAUGACUUCAUAGCCAUGUUCAGGGGAAAAUUGGAUUGCUACAUAUGCUCUGAGAAAUAUAUUACAUUUACCACAUUACAGAUACAUUUUAGUGCAAAGCAUCCCGACAGGUUCUUCUAUGUUAUGUGUUGUGGCAAAAUAUUUAGAACACGCAACGAUCUGGAGGAGCACAUUCAUCUACACCUCAAUCCGCAAGGCUUCAAAUGUGACAUCUGUAAAAUGUAUUUUAUCAAGCGUUCACUGUUAUUCAGUCACUAUCGUACGCGACACCCAUACUCUCGCACUGAUGCCGUUAGAGAAGUUCAACAGAAUUCCUCGGGCAACAUUGACAAACUUAUCAGCGCAUGGCAGACAAGCGUGAAAUGUGGUGAAUGCAAUAUGCGUUUCAAAAAAUACACUUCACUCGAAGAGCAUUUUGCGAGGGACCAUGCCGACGAGUCGGUGAGCAUCUCCUGCUGCAAUUUAAAAUUAAAAUCCCCCAUCAAAAUUGCACAUCACAUCCAUAUACACAUAAAAGGUAUUGCAUCUUCACAUGUGAUGGAUGAGUUUAUAGCCGUCUGGAGGUCCACUCUGGACUGCGAAGUGUGCCAAAGAGCCUACAAUACGUACAGCAGAUUGGAAAAUCAUUUCGAGCAGUUUCAUCCAGGGGAAUAUUGUCACAUUGUAUGCUGUCAAAAGAAGUUAUAUUCACGAUUGGCGAUUCAGGGGCAUAUCUUAAAACAUCCCCUAUUUCAGUGCAGAUAUUGCAAAUACUCCACAACGAAUAAUUUAGAGUUCUGGGAUCAUGUUCACGAAGCCCAUCCGGCCCAAACAAAAGUUCUGCCGCCCCAAGAGAGUCUUAAUAGUACCUUGUGUAAUUUAGUUCAAAAUAUACAAUAA